AUGAACCUGCGUAUAGUCUCUGGUCAAACGUACAUUCAGGGCUGUGUCGAUUCACUGAGGAAGUGUACGGAUGAGGACAUCGAUGUAACACUGAGGUGGAUUCCAGGCCAUGAGGGCGUUCCUGGAAAUGAAGCUGCAGACAGGGCUGCAAAACGUGCGGCUCUAAUGGGUGCACGAAGGCAAAUCGUACCUGGAGAUCUAUCAAGUGAAGGAUGGACUAUACUCGCAGCAGCCGCAAAACGCAGAAUACGCCAAUCAACUAAGGAUGCCUGGGAGAGAUGGUGGGACAAGCAAAAGGCAGGGAAAUCUACCAAAAAACUU